GUCCAAAGCGAUGAGGCCUUCAAAAUCAACCACUUUCCUCUUCCUCUUCGCUCUCAUUCUCCUCUCCCCAUCGGUCUUCGGCGAAGACAUUGUAACUGACAGUGCGUUGCUGAAUCAUAUUUGCAUCAGUUUCGACAACUACACAGCCAACAGCUCCUACGCUUCCAAUUUGAACCAAGCCUUCGCCCAAUUAGCCUCCAACGCCCCUCCUUCCGGCUACGCCCAAGCCACCAUCGGCAAAGACCCACAAACCCAAGUCAACGGGCUCGGUCUCUGCCGCGGCGAUGUGUCGCCUGCUGAUUGCAAGAAUUGCAUCGUCACGGGCGCCGACGAGCUAAAAGUUCGAUGCCCACUAAGCAAAGGAGCUGCAAUAUGGUUCGAUUAUUGUCUGUUGAAGUACUCGAACGCCCAAUUCUUUGGGAGGAUUGAUAAUAGGAACAAGUUUUCUUUGGUGAAUGUUGAAAGUGUGGAGAGUAAUGUGACGGUGUUUAAUGAAGAAGUUAUGGGUUUGCUGUCGGAUUUGGUUAGGAAAGUUGGAGGAACUCCUAAGCUUUAUGUGAUUGGAGACAGGGAAAUUGAGGGGAUUAAGAAAAAGUUGUAUGGUUUGGUUCAAUGUUCGAGGGAUUUGUCUGUUGCUGCUUGUAAGAAGUGUCUUCGUGAUGCUGUUGGGGAGCUUUCGAGGUGUUGUGAUGGUAGGAUUGGUGGAAGAGUUGUUGGAGGGAGCUGUAAUUUUAGAUAUGAACUUUAUCCUAUUGUUGAUGACCAGAAAUAAAUGGUGUAUUAUGAAAGAAUAAAGUUACUAUAUAGUUUGUAACGUUGUAUUGGAAUGACGACGAGAGUUAUUAGCUCGAAAGUCGUUUGGUUUAAGCUAUAUUUUGUGUACUCGGUAUGAUUGUCUCUCUUAUAUGUCUAACCGUGCAAGUUUAGAAAAGGAAGUUGAAUUGAUGAACAAGUGAAUUGAGGUUAGCGUCUGCA